AUGUCUUUUGAGGAGUUCCAGGAUUUCAGAAAGCAGAUUAGGGCAUCUUUAGAGCAAAUGAAGCGUGAUAUUUAUCGAUAUCCUCGUUUCAACUCUGACUAUUCGAUUCGAAAGCAACGCGAAAAGAAAAGAAUGGAGGAACCGAUGUACGCUGAAAAAUGGCAGAUUGGCGAACGGAUUGAAGGUUUACCAUCUAGCGAAAGAUGCUGUCUAGCGGCAAGGUUCCCACACGGUUUUAUGCGAUGUAAUCGAAGACGUUCGGAAAGGGUUCUGACGAAUGUUCUCGAGAGGAUGGCCGUUACAAAAAAGCUUAACCUCGCUGAUCCCCACAAAGGCAUUUGUUCGUUCCACUGGCGCUUAAUCAAAUAUGGAAGGUCAGGUGUACCGAUGAAGGAGGAUGAAGUGAAAGAUUGGGAUGCUUCCGAAAGCCGUCUUGAGAAGGCUGAACGUGAUGAUGAAAUCGAAAGCGAUGAUGAUGCUAUCGAAAGUACCCUUUCUUCCGAGCUGAACUCUGACGAUGAUGAAGACAGCGAAGAGGGUGCGCAA